AUGGGCAAUCUUCCGAAGGGCCAUCUCUCUCUUGAACGCGCGUUUUUGGUUUCUGGGGUUGACUACUGUGGUCCUUUUGUUAUUAAGGAAAAGCGUAAUCGGAAUCGAAACAAAAUCAAAAUUUAUGCCGCAAUUCUUGUUUGCUUUGCCACUAAAGCUGUUCACAUUCAACUUGUCAGUGACUUUACAACUGAGGCCAUUUUAGCUGAUUUGCGCAGAUUUUUUGGUAGAAGAGGUUUGAGUUCGGAUCUUUAUUCCGAUAAUGGCACUAAUUUCGUGGGUGCUAGAAACGAAAUCGAGGAAAUUCAAGAGCUUUUGUUAUCUCAUAAGCAUAACGAACGGGUAAGGCAUACGCUCUCGAAUGAUCAAAUCGCAUGGCACGUAAUCCCACCUCAUUCUCCGCAUUUUGGCGAGCUUUGGGAGGCGGCAGUCAAAUCCUUCAAGCACCAUAUUUUGAGAGUUGUCAGUAGUACUCUUUUAACUUAUGAAGAGAUGUUGACUUUAACCACUGAGAUAGAACCUAUUCUUAAUUCCCAGAAUCUAUUCUUAAAUCCCGACCUCUAUGUCCUAUUUCUACUGAUCCUAAUGACCUUUCCGCUCUGA